AUGGCUUCUUCCACCAGAGGCAUACCUGAUCUUGAAGGCGUGCUUACCUCACGAGUGAUCACCUUUGUCAUCGGCCAAGACAGAAAGCUCUUCAAGAUAUAUGAGAAGCUCGUAGCUUCUCGCUCAGCAAUCUUCGACAGAAUGUUAACUAAGGGCUGGCGAGAGUCAGUUGAGGGUGUUGUCGGAAUUGACGACGUUGAGCCAGAGGUGUUUACAAGUUUUAUAAAGUUUGCUUUCUAUGGAAAUUACGACGUGCCAACAGUCUCCAAGUUUCAAGAGACCGCGAAGAAUGGGGAGACAGAAUCUGAUGAUGCUCAAUUGAUUCAAGGGGAGUCGUAUGACUCCUUACUGGACCAUCUCACCAAGCAGGACGCUGUACUAUGCCGCAAUCAACCAUAUCUGAGAUAUCUGAUGCACUUCACCGACCAAGGAGUCCCUGGAAAGCUGUACUGCAUGCCAUCGGGAGUACCGUGGAACCAAGAAGAUGAUCUGGAAGCAAACUUCGAUCUCCUGGUCGCCAACCGCUUAUUUGGAGAGAUUUGCACGCAUCACGUCAAACUCUACAUAUUUGCCGACAAGUACGAUAUAGCUCAGCUGAGAGAGGUUUGCUUACAUCGACUGCACAGCUCUUUGACGCGUGCAAGGCUUGGUAACCCUGGAUACCAGCUACUAUUCGGUGUCAUUGAGUUUGCAUUCGCCAAUACGAUACCGGGAGACAAGAUUCGAAAGCUGCUUGUUCAGACAUGCGUCGCCGACUUCAGCAUGGUUCGUGCCAUGCCCUGCUUCAGCGAUCUAUUGCAACGCGUGCCUGAGCUGGGAUUCGAGAUCAUGACAGAGCUUCCGAGAUAUUCGGAGGAGAAACACAAGGCUAUUUGGGAUGUCGACUCAAAGUUUCCACCAGUGUGA